AUGGAGCAGACUGGGGGAAGCCUCUUCUUCAAGAGGCGCCGCAGCGGCUCCCCCAAGACUGUAAAGCUGAGGAAGAGAAAAUCUGUACUUUACAGCAAUCCCCCGGAAGGACGCGCUGGGAACCGCUCUGGUGAGGGAAGGAGCAAGGCGAUAAGCGAAUCCAGGUUGGCGGGAGAAAACUAUUUUGCAUUCAGUAUUAUUUGUCAUUUUGUCCUUAAUAUUACUAAUUAUGGUUAUUUGACCUGGGAAUGGGCCGAAGGUUUGAGGGGGUACUCUUACCCCUUAAUCUUUGCAAGCAUGUAUAAGGUUCUGUAUGUCUUCGCAAAGGAUAGUGUCCAGUUACUGAUUUGGGUUCCUAGACUUGCCCAAGCACUUUUGUCUGCUGUAGCAGAUGUGAAGCUUUACUCAUUGGUGAAGCAACUAGAAAACAAAGAAAUGGCAAAAUGGGUGUUCUUUUGCCAGUUGUGCUCUUGGUUUACUUGGUAUUGCUGUACCAGAACUCUCACAAACACCAUGGAAACUGUUCUCACCAUCUUUGCUCUUUUCUACUACCCACUGGAAGGUUCUAAGUUUGUGAACAGUUUUAUGUACUCAUCCCUGGUAGCACUUGCCUUCAUCAUUCGACCAACGGCUGUCAUUCCAUGGAUACCUUUGCUCUUUAGACAUUUCUGGCAAGAGCAGAAAAAACUUGAUCUUGUUCUACAGCACUUUUUACCUGUGGGGCUAGUCACUUUGGGUUUUUCUUUGAUAAUUGAUCGUAUCUUUUUUGGUCAGUGGACCUUUGUUCAACUUAAUUUUUUGAAGUUUAAUGUACUAAAGAACUUGGGCACAUUUUAUGGAUCUCAUCCAUGGCACUGGUAUAUCUGUCAAGGAUUCCCAGUUAUUUUAGGCCCUCAUCUACCCUUCUUUAUUCAUGGAUGCUUCCUAACUCCAAGGAGAUAUCGGAUACUUUUAGUGGCUAUAAUAUGGACAGUUCUGGUUUAUAGCAUGUUGAGCCACAAAGAAUUCAGGUUUAUCUAUCCAAUUUUACCAUUUUGUAUGGUAUUCUGUGGACACUCUUUAAACCACUUGAAAACCUGGAAGAAACCAGCACUAAGUUUCCUGUUUUUAUCAAAUGUGACUCUAGCACUCUACACUGGUUUGAUUCAUCAACGUGGUUCUCUUGAUGUUAUGACUCAUAUUCAAGGACUCUGUGACAAUAAUUCUUCAGCCUCCAUCUUUGUAAUGAUGCCUUGCCACUCUACUCCUCAUUACAGCCAUGUACACUGUCCACUUCCAAUAAGAUUUCUUCAGUGUCCCCCAGACUUGAAUGGAAAUGAGAAUUAUCUUGAUGAAGCAGAUAAAUUUUACUUCAGUCCAUUAAGCUGGCUAAAUCAAGAGUUUUCCAGUGAUAUAUUGUUGCCCACCCACCUAGUCAUCUUCAGCGUUUUAGAAGAGGAAAUAAAGACCUUUCUAAUCACAAAUGGUUACAAGAGAAUUGCUGUUAUCUUCCACACUCACUUGCCUGAAGGCCGAAUUGGAAGCCAUAUAUAUCUUUAUGAAAGGAAGUAAAAAUUAAGUCAUCUAAAGAUGAGAUUUCAAACUGCAUUAUGUCUUUCUUGGAGAAACUGUAUUUACUUGUGAAGACAUCAAAACUUCUGGAUUUUUUUUCAAAAUGGACACGUUUUAUGGAAUAGCGAAUAACAACUUCUAUAAACCACUUACCAAGUGACAGACAUUUUCUUAGAACAAUAGUAAAAUCACAUACUUAACAAUGCUACAUUGUCAAUAAAGACCUUUUUCCCCA